CGGUGCCGUACCCUCCUACGACACGGCUCACCAUGAAAGAGCUUUACGAGGAUGGCAAGCCCAAAGUCGAUCUCCUUAAGAGCCACCUGGUGAAGGAGGGCCGUCUGGAGGAGGACGUGGCCCUACGCAUCAUCAGUGAUGGCGCCAACAUCCUCCGCAAUGAGAAGUGCAUGCUUGAGGUGGAUGCCCCUAUCACAGUGUGUGGAGAUGUCCAUGGGCAGUUCUUCGACCUGAUGAAACUCUUUGAGGUGGGGGGUUCCCCACACAACACACGCUAUCUAUUUUUGGGAGACUAUGUGGAUCGAGGCUAUUUUAGUAUUGAG